CACUGACCUGAGAGACACUACAUGUUCAGACGGACAAAUACACUGUUAGAUUUACCAAAACAUAAGCUCUGCAAGACCAAUGGAGGAUCUGAGGCAGAAGAUAGGGCUUAUGUCACAGACAAUAUGCCCGAGAUCACGGGCUCCGUCUGACGAAGACUUAAAGGCCCCAAAAGAAGAGAAAAUGCAGAUGAGGAGAGAAAUCUCUCUCAUGAAUGGAAUCUGCCUCAUCGUGGGCAACAUGAUUGGCUCUGGGAUCUUUGUCUCACCAAAGGGUGUACUCAUGCACAGCGCCUCUUACGGACUGUCGUUGGUGAUUUGGGCUGUCGGAGGGAUCUUCUCAGUGUUCGGGGCUUUGUGCUACGCAGAGCUUGGCACCACCAUCACGAAGUCUGGAGCCAGCUACGCCUACAUCCUGGAGUCGUUUGGCAGCUUCCCGGCUUUCAUCCGCCUGUGGACGUCCAUCCUGCUGAUCGAGCCAGCCAGCCAGGCUGUGAUUUCACUGACCUUUGCCAACUACCUGGUGGAGGCUCUCUAUCCGACCUGCCAACCGCCGUACAACGCUGUCCGCCUCAUCGCUGCAGCCUGCCUCUGUAUGCUCAUUUUCAUCAACUGUGCCUAUGUGAAGUGGGGGACUCUAGUCCAGGACAUCUUCACUUACGCCAAACUCAUGGCGCUCUUCCUCAUCAUCAUUGUAGGACUCCUGAAAUUAUCUACUGGAGCAACAAAGAGCUUCGACAGUCCGUUUGAGGGCUCCUCUACAGAUCCUGGAGCCAUAGCUUUGGCCCUCUACUCUGCUCUGUUCUCCUACUCUGGCUGGGAUACACUCAAUUUUGUCACAGAGGAGAUUCAGAAUCCAGAGAGGAAUCUGCCCCUGGCCAUUGCGAUUUCCAUGCCCAUAGUGACCAUUAUCUACCUGCUGACCAACGUGGCGUACUACGUGGUUCUGGAUAUGUCAUCUCUGCUGGCCAGUGAUGCCGUUGCUGUGACAUUUGGGAAUGCAGUCCUCGGCCCGUUCAACUGGAUCAUCCCUGUUUCAGUGGCCAUGUCCUGCUACGGAGGACUCAAUGCUUCUAUCAUUGCUGCCUCACGGUUGUUUUUCGUUGGAGCCAGAGAGGGCCACCUCCCCAACAGUCUGAGUCUGAUCCACCUGGAGCGCUACACGCCUAUACCUGCCCUGCUGUUUAAUGGGUUAAUGGGCCUGAUCUUUCUGUGUGUGGAGGACGUGUUCCAGCUCAUCAACUACUUCAGCUUCAGUUACUGGCUCUACGUGGGUCUGUCUGUGGCCGGCCUCAUCUACCUGCGCAUCACUCAGCCAGACAGACACAGGCCUGUCAAGUUGACCCUGAUCUUCCCCUUCAUCUACUGUCUGUGCAGCCUGUUCUUAGUCAUCGUCCCUCUGUACGGAGACACAAUCAACUCUCUCAUAGGAAUUGGCAUUGCCCUCUCUGGGGUGCCAGUUUAUUAUGUGGCCAUUUACCUGCCUGAGGAGAAGAGGCCCAAAUUCAUACGCAACAUAAAUGCCUUUGCCACCAAAUACACCCAGACGCUGCUCUACUGCUGCCUGACUGAAUUUGACGUGCAGACAGAAACACAAGCAGGCACUAAAACACAGUGAACUGCAGACAGACUACGUCGUUGGCUGGGCCGCCUCCUGCCUGAGGCCCCAGCCCUGAAAAACAAGGACGGCGCAGCAAAGCGUAGACUCACAACAUGAGGAUUACUUCUGGCCAGGUCAAGUUAAAAAAGGCCUGAUGUCUCAAAUGACUCACCUCGAGGGAGACGGCACUUGAGAGACUGUUGCAAACUGUUGCUUUCUUCUGUAAAUGCGAUUUCAUUUUCUACAGAGAUUGAAUAAUAUUUUC